GUGCUGGGUUAUCCGCCACUUCUUCGUCGGCAACGGCGGAAGACGCUGCGCAUUCGUACGAAGCGAAUCGCCUCAAUUACCCUUCUGGUCAUGUCUCUCUGCCUGCAGCUGCAGCGAUGAUUGCCGCACAACAAGCCAUCUAUCCUCCUCAGGGUCAGUCGUCACCGGCGAUGCAUCCACCCGCGGCCGUGGCUCCAACGACUGCGCCUGAAGAAGAGCCUCUGUAUGUCAAUGCAAAGCAGUAUCACCGUAUCCUGAAGCGCAGAGCAGCACGUUUCAGACUGGAAGAAAUGAACAAACUUGCCAAAGCUCGUAAACCUUAUCUACACGAAAGCAGACAUAAACACGCCAUGCGACGCCCACGCGGCCCCGGUGGACGCUUUUUAACGGCCGCCGAAAUCGCUGAGUUGGAAAAGAGCGGCAAACUGCCAAGUUCUGGCAAUAAAGCAGACGACAACAAUGACAUCAAACAAUCCAUCAAGCGAGGAGACAACGACAAACAACAAUCAUCUCAACAACCGUCUCCACAUCAAUAAAUUUCAGCAGCAGUAUUAAUAUCGAUGACAACUCAAAAGCUAGGCUGACAGGGUUGUGUCAUGAUAUACACAAUCAUAUUCUCUCUCGCUUUGUUUUCCCGUCAUACAAACGAGAAAACAAAAACAAAAAAACAAAAAAAUCCUGAUUCUUAUUACUUUGCUGCCCAAGCAACUUUGCGUUCCUGUUUACCUU